AACGAGUAAUAGCCAUUGACGUAUUUCGCGCCGCGUUUGGAUCUGUUCGAAGUGUUUGUCUGGUAAGUGUAAGUGAAAAUUUAUGUGCAACCUUUUUUUCAGUUUCAAGGCCGACUUUUUCAUAAUUUACUGGCGCUACCAACUUUCGUACAGUCUUGACAACCAACCACAGAGAAAAAGAAACAUUAAGAUCGAUACUCUUAGCGGUCACAUCUACAUAGAUGUGUUUCUUACUGAGAUAACAAGUGCAGUUUUCCAGGAUUAGCUGAAACAUUUCUUUUUAACAGUGUGUUAGAAAAUAUUUUAAAAAAUUCAUAAAAAAGGUUAAUGUUUCGGAACUCUCAGAUAUGCCAGCAUUGCAUUUUCAUCAAUUGGUUCAACAUAUUUUUUUUCAUUCAAAUUUUAUCGAUGACCUUCACUGGCUUAGAGAAUCAAGGAAUCAUCAAUGUCAUCACUAUCAUCACUAUCACCAGAUCAUAUUGGACUUAGCAGCUUUGUAAAAAAAUUAAAAGUAUUUUGGUAUACAUGGUUAUAUAAUGAGGUGAAUGACAACAAUGAAAUUCUGUUGCCAUCAGCGAUAACUGAGUUGUUUGGUGUAAAAUCUUUCUUGCAAGAUUUUUCCUGUGGAAUUCGAUUGGUUAGCGGUCGCCAGUGUCGCUCUCUAGAAAGGAAAAUUAUUUUUCAGUUUUCUGUUAGUCGUGAAAAUCCUCCCUGAGCUCAAGCUGAGCAAAGGUACACAAUUCAAUGGUGUGAUUCUAUUUCAACAUUGCAUAAUAGAACUAAGUUAAUAACGCCAGUUCCAGAUGAGUGAUACAGUAAAAUCAAAACUUGCUUUCUUACAAUAAAAAAACGCUUCCUUUGGUAACGAUUUUAAAAUUAAGUGAGAAAAAAUAAUAGAGAGACAAGACGGAAAAUGUGUGAUAUUUGUCACUACCAAAACAUUGCCAUCCACGAAUUUACGCAGGUAGGUAAAUCUCUGGUCAAACACGCAAAAUAAACUCACGAGAAAUGUCGAGCAUCUCGUUUUCUGAGAAUAAAUAUUUACUCUGCAUAGCUUUAUCACCUGCAAACUUGAAGACCAACUUUACAAGUGCUGUAAAUUCCUACCCAACACAUCUGUCUAACCAAUGUUGCAGUCUUUCCACCAACCGUGCUAGAGUACUCCAAUUUGCUCCCUGCCAUAUGAGAUUAAGGCCUCGAAUACUAAUUAAAGAAAUUCAGUUCGAGAAAAAAGUACAUGCUGUAGACGUACUUUUGCUUUACUAUUUUCAUUUUAUACUCAUUCUGAAGUGAAAACCAUCACUUUUUGAUCAGUUUAAGGUGAAAUAUUUUCUUUAAUUCCUGUUGGGACGAUCGUUCCAAUGAAAAAACAAACAAACAAACAUUGAAUUUCAUUUUGCUGCUUCUCUUCACUCCUCCGUGUUUUACCAAUCCAGUUCACCAAUUUCGGUUAGCCAAUCUCGAGAAGCUAAGGUUAACGUUACCGGGAUGGUUGAGUGAUGCAAAGCUGACUGAAGGUAUAUCUUUGAGAAUGUUUUAACUACUUACCAAUUUGUUCCUAUUUACAGACGCAAAAUGUUCCAAAUUGUUAUAUUAUCUGUUCUCGUGGGUUCAGCCCUGACCGCACAAGGUAUGAUACUCAUAUGGGCUUAGGAUUGUUUAACAACUAUUUGAUAGCAUUAAAGAAUUGCAGAAAUUAAAUCUAUCUUUUGAAUCAAUUAAAUUGCGCUUGUACAAAACUCGUGUUUUGGUGUUUAGUAUUUCUUUCUACGAGUGGAAGAUAAAAAUGUUAGGGAUAACUUAACUUUAACUUGUGCGCGUAAAUACUCAAAAGACAGAAACAAUAAUUUAUUUUUCCUUUCUUUUCUACUGCCCAGGGACCAAGUGGAAAUAUGGUGAAACAGGUAUUAUGAGUUGCUUCUUUUAAAAGACGUCCUUGAAGUUUUUUACUAACUUAAUAUAUAGAUGUGGAUAUGUUAUUAAUAAUAAAUUUCGAAUACUCAACUGAGCUGUAAUGUUAAGAAUUGAACUUGAAAUUCGCAAAACGUAUUAAUGGCAAUUAUCUUUUCAUCUAAACAUAAAGUGAUCACGAGUCUUUGCAAACAUGUAUUUAAUUUUAUACGCAGACAAAGUCCAUAAAAUAUAUGGUCCGAAAGAUUGGGGAAAGGUUUCAAAGUAUUGUGACGGGAGCGCCCAGUCCCCCAUAAAUAUUGAAACCCGCUCGGUGGAAAAUGACGGAAGUCUGAAGGCACUCCGGUUUUUAGCUGAGAAUCGGUAUGGAAGAGUCAGCGGUGUUCUAGAGAACAAUGGUCAUGCUCCUACCCUGGCAAUAGAUAAACCAAGGGGUACUUCAACACUCACCGGAGGUCCCCUGGGGAACAGCGUGUAUAAGCUUCAGCAGUUGCACAUUCAUUUUGGUUGUAAGAACAACAAAGGAUCUGAACACACUGUCAACGGAAAGGCAUUCUCAGGAGAGGUAAUGGGACACAAUUAGUGAUUAGAGCAUUAUCUGGAGGGGCAAUAAGGAGAUGAUCGAAUUUAUGUAGCGAGCCUGUAUAAAGAAGGUUGCCUUUGCGAACGAUAUCUAUAAAGCAAGAAUCAUUUUCAGCAACGAAACGAGAAAAUUUCUGUCCAUAUCCGAACGAGAUCACAAUUUUGGUGUGAAUUGUCGAGUACUCAGUUUUCCUGAAAGUGUAAGUAAAAUUUUAAAAUUGAACGCCUUUGUUGUUUAAGUUCGGGGUAAAUGGUAACACAUGCUUUUCCUUUUCAGCUUCAUUUGGUGCACUAUAACACGAAGUAUGGAGAUUUUAAAACUGCUGUGGACAAACGAGACGGACUGGCUGUGAUUGGUGUCUUUUUACAGGUAAAAAAGAUGUUAUCAAUUUGUUUCAAGUCAACCUAGCACUGAUGAAUGGUGAGGAAAGUCGGCAAAAAUCAACGGUAAAAACAAAAGUGCUGCAAUUUAUGUUUCAAUUUUUCUUAUUGAGCUCUGUCUUAUGUUUUUGUGUUUACACACGCUGACUAAAUAAAUCGAUGGGAUUUCUUUAUUGGUCCGUCUACUCAAAAAGGUACUCACCAUAUUUUUAUAUCGUUCUCCAUGUAGUGUUUUACUUAGUGUGACAAAAAGGGCUUAAAAAGAGGGAGGGGGGGGUGGGGUCAUGGGCACCCCAGGAUCCCCAGCUACGCCCUUGGUCUGGUUUUCUAACGAGUCAACGGGUCACCAUGUCGUAUUUAACAACGAUGGGCCGGUCUUCGGGAAUCAAAUUUAGUUUGGUUUCUCAGCAAUCAUUCACUGAACACCAAUUUCUGUGAAUUGUGUUGUUCUUUAUUUUAACAACUGCACCUUACCAUUCUUUAACUUGUAUAAUAAAACGAUAGUAAGGUCUGACCGGAAAAUAUGAAUACUACAUCAUGUACAUGAAGACUCUGUCUGAUCGAGAUAAAAACACGUUUAAAACUUUCAAGAUUCGAUUCCACACUGUUAUUAUAGUUACUCAACUUGAUUUCCGCCUCACUUUCGAGUUCGGUUUUCGAUUCUCCUGAGUAGAGUCACUUAAGGGGAGGAGUAUAAGCUCAUUUCCCGAACAGCAGCUGGUUACCGUACCAGCAGGUCUUAUAGAUAUUUCGACACAGUUUUGACCCAGCGACGGUUUUUUGCUUUGAAUCGAAGGGAGAUGAUGAUGAUGAUGACUCAAGUUAUUCGUUAAAAAUUAUAAGUGGAGCAACGCGAUACAUAAGGAAGGCUGGUAAGGCACGGAUAAAGUAACUUCCCAUGAAGAACUAGAAUCCUUUACAUUCUAACAUCAGUAUUAAUAUUCCCCAUACUCAACUCAAUACAUUUCAUAUGUUGAUUACAGGGAGAAUUUGUUUAAUAAUCAUAGGCGACUAUUUUCUUUAUUCAACAUUUUACCAUAAUAUAAUAAUUAUUGUGUUAGACAUAAAAUGAUGAACAGAUGAUAACGUAUUUCACCGAGGUUUCAUUCACGAUUUCCUAUGUUCUCGAAGUCAAACAGAAGAAGAUAUUUCCGUACUAGGGUUUGUAUGAAUACCAAAUGUUAGUGUCUUGUAUACAGGGAAUGAGAUUAUAUUGUUUCCGUGGCAGGUUCGAAAAAGCCUAUCAGAGCAAUAUAUUUAAACAACUUGGUUCCUCAUCUGAGAGAUUUGUCGGAGUUCUACUCAUACAAGGGCUCCCUUACCACCCCUCCCUGCUACCAAUCAGUGAAAUGGAUUGUGCUGAAGCGUCCAAUUCGUGCCAGCGAAUAUGUGGUGAGAAGAUUUUUACUUCCAAAUCAUGAUUACCGUAAAAUAUCUCUGCCAUUUCAUCGGGUAUCAUAGCAAUUUCUUCUUGGACUAAGAAUAUCUUGGUUUUUUUUUUUAAUAAAUGGAACCAUAUGGUACUAUCUUCACAGCCACAAACCGCUUAAGAAUGUUUUAAGACUGUUUCAAUGUUUCAUUGGUGACCUGUACAGAAUUUUUUUUUUUCAGUUGCGCGCUUUCAGGAGCCUCCUGAAUGACGAAGAACAGCCUAUGUGCGACAACUUCAGACCCACCCUGCCGCUAAACAGCCGCUCCGUGUCUCAAUCUGAUGAUGAUAGGCUGUUCAACUAAACAACCACAUCGAAAAUUGUCAUUUUUAGCGCUGGUUACAAGUUUAUUCCAGGAUAACAUUACCAUGCUAAAACAUGUGUCAAUCUGAG